CACUCCUCGGGUUUAAUCCUCACGGCAGUGCCACUGUCCUAACCUCACAGAGGAGGACACGGAGGGUCAGAGGCCACAAGACAUGAGGAGGCCUCUCAGCACGAGCUCCCUGUUGCCUCUCCUGGCCGUCUGUUUGGGACAGGCCGUCGUGGCCCAAGGGGCCAGAGGCUCGGAAGAGUGGCAGAGGCCGGCAGCCCCCGGGAAGGUGUUUGCACGAGCGCGCCUAGAGAAACACGAAUGUUGUGACAGUGAACAAUCGGAUGUGGGAAGCACACGUGGUCAAGUCGCGGGAAGAUGGCAGGUCAUGGCACAAAAGCAUCUGUGUUUGGAGCUGUCAAGGACAGGGCUCUGCAGACCCCGCUUCGACCCUGAGCCCCCAGGACAAUCAUCCUGCAUGCGGCUGGGGAGGAACCAAGCAGCCCUGGGAAGGGCCCAGGAACUGGGCUCUGGAGAAACGACUAAACCCAGCGAUGAACACCCAGCAAACGUGUGUGUCACUGCACGGAGUGCAGUCCUGGCCUUUGGCACGUGCGGCUCCCAGGAGGGGAGAGCGAAGAGCCCCGGCUCACCGCACCUUCCUGAGCGAGCAGAAGAGGCGGCUUUGCUGGGUGGGUGCUUCCUCCUGAGGCUGGACCCGGAUGGAACGCUGGCCUCCGUGUGUCAGGACCCCGGCUUUCUCCCUGCUCUUCCCGUCACGGGGUGGGGCAGACCCCGGGGGACUGAGAUUAUGACCUGGGCCAGGGGUGAGGAACACGUGCGAUUCUGAGGGGCAGCAGAGGGGUCAGGAGAAGGACAGGACAAUGGCCGGGAGGAGGGAGGGAAGGAAGCGCCUUCGGCCCAUCCAAGGGCUGACGUGGUCCAACGGGAUAUUUUGGAGGAAAAUUAAAGGAUCAU